AUGGGAAGGAAUGGAUGUGCCAAGGUAAUGUUCAAGAUCCUCAUCGCGUUCACGGUCUUCGCAGUGUCAUUGGCCUCGGACAAGGCAGCGUGGAGGAGUGACGAGGAAGUAAUGGCUAUAUACGAGAAGUGGCUUGUGAAACAUGGUAAAGUUUAUAACGCGCUGGGCGAGAAGGAGAAGAGGUUCGAGAUCUUCAAAGACAACCUCAAGUUUAUCGACGAGCACAACGCAGAGAACCGGACAUACAAGGUUGGAUUGAACCGGUUCGCUGAUCUUAGCAACGAGGAGUACCGGACCAAGUAUUUGGGAGCCAAGAUUGAUCUAAGGGUGGCCAGGCCCAGCAACCGUUACGCUCCGCGCGUGGGCGACAAAUUGCCGAAAUCUAUUGAUUGGAGGAAGAAAGGUGCCGUCGUACGAGUCAAAGACCAAGGAAAUUGCGGUAGUUGUUGGGCAUUCUCUGCAAUCGCCGCAGUGGAAGGGAUUAAUAAGAUAGUAACAGGCGAUCUAAUUUCACUCUCAGAGCAAGAAUUGGUGGAUUGUGACAGAACAGUUAAUGCAGGAUGUGAUGGCGGACUCAUGGAUUAUGCCUUUGAGUUCAUUAUAAACAAUGGUGGCAUUCACACCGAAGAAAGUUACCCCUAUCGAGGGGUUGAUGGUAUAUGUGACCGAUAUAAGAAAAAUGUAGGACUUGUUACAAUUGAUGCCUACGAAGAUGUUCCUGCCUAUGAUGAGUUAGCCUUGAAAAAGGCUGUAGCAAAUCAACCAGUGAGCGUUGCCAUUGAAGCGAGCGGUAGGGAGUUUCAGUUAUACGAAUCAGGUAUAUUCAGAGGAAAAUGUGGGACAGCAUUAGACCAUGGUGUUACAGUUGUUGGGUAUGGAACAGAAGAUUGGAUUGAUUAUUGGACAGUGAAAAAUUCAUGGGGCAAGAGUUGGGGAGAGGAAGGUUAUAUUAGAAUGGAGCGUAAUUUACCAAAAAGUAGAGCCGGAAAGUGUGGAAUUACAACUUUGUCCUCCUAUCCCAUAAAGAGGGGCCAAAAUCCUCCAAAUCGUGAACCAUCACCUCCUUCACCAGUGAAGCCGCCACAUGUUUGUGAUAAUUACUACAGUUGUGUUGAAGGCACUACUUGUUGUUGUGUUUUUGAGUUGGCAAAUUAUUGUUAUGGGUGGGGAUGUUGUGCUUUUGAAGCUGCUACCUGCUGUGAAGAUCACUCAAGUUGUUGCCCGCAUGAUUAUCCUAUCUGCAACAUUUAUGCAGGGACCUGUCAUAUGAGUAAGAAUGACCCCUUUGGAGUGAAGGCAAUGAAGAGAACUCCAGCUAAACCGCACUGGGCGUUUGCGGGUAGGAACCAGAUAAUUUGA